AUGCUAUCUAUGCACUGUCGUCCCAUUCCCAGUUUCCUUACGGUCUGUCCAAAUCUAAUGGCACUGGUGAUUAUAACGUCUCUAUUAUCAUCUAUUCGAGCAUCUCUGGAAAAGAAACAUUUUUUUUUUUUUAAGAGUCGAGGCUUUUGUUUCUUUUCUUUUUCUUUUUCUUUUCUUUUUUCUUUUUCUUUUCCUUUUCAUUUCUUGUCUUUUUUCUUUCUUUUCCCUUUUAUUUUCUUUUUUCUUUUCUUUUUUCUUUUUCUUUCUUUUUUUUCUUUCUUUUCUUCUUUCUUUUCUUUUUCCUUUUCUUUUUUUCUUUCUUUUUUUCUAGCUUUUGUUUCUUUUCUUUUUUCUUUUUCAUUUUUUGUCUUUUUUCUUUCUUUUCCCUUUUCUUUUCUUUUUUCUUUUUCUUUUCUUUUUUCUUUUUCUUUUCUUUUUCAUUUCUUGUCUUUUUUCUUUCUUUUCCCUUUUCUUUUCUUUUUUCUUUUUCUUUUCUUUUUUCUUUUUCUUUUCUUUUUCAUUUCUUGUCUUUUUUCUUUCUUUUCCCUUUUCUUUUCUUUUUUCUUUUUCUUUUCUUUUUUCUUUUUCUUUUCUUUUUCAUUUCUUGUCUUUUUUCUUUCUUUUCCCUUUUCUUUUCCCUUUCUUUCUUUUCCCUUUUCUUUUCUUUUUUAUCUUUUCUUUUUUCUUUUUCUUUUCUUUUUUAUAUUUUCUUUUUUUUUUUUUUUUUCUUUUUCUUUUCUUUUUUCUUUUCUUUUUCUUUCUUUUCUUCUUUUUUUUUCCUUUUCUUUUUCUUUCUUUUUUCUAAUUAAUUCCUUUUGUUUUGUUUGGGGUUUUUUACUUCCAUUUUUUUUCUUUUCUUUUUUAUAUCUUUUCUUUUUUUAUCUUUUCUUUUUUCAAUACGAUUCCUUUGGCUCGAGAUCGUUUCAUUUUCUAUCUAUCUAUCUAUCUAUCUAUCUAUCUAUCUAUCUAUCUAUCUAUCUCCCUGUAGGUGUAAUUCGCGCUGGUUGCAUCUAUCUAUCUAUCUAUCUAUCUAUCUAUCUAUCUAUCUAUCUAUCUAUCUAUCGUGUGUUGGCUUCUAUAAUUAAUUUAGAGAUCGACUCUUUCUCUCUCUCUCUCUCUCUCUCUCUCUCUGGAGAUGCCACGUGUCAGCCAGGACCCCAGUUCGCGCUCUGCAAGCCGAACAACCCGCGCCUCUUCCUCCCGUAUCUGUCGCGGACAUACUUUCCUUUUCUUUUUCUUAUUUUCUUUUCUCUUCUUUUUCUGUUUCUUUCCUUCCUUUUCUUUUUCCUUUUUCUGUUGUCUUUUUUUUUUUUCAUUUUUCUUAAAUUUCCUUACAUUGCAUUUUUCCUUCUUUUGCCCACUUCUUUCUUUAUCAUGUUUUCCGACAUUUUUUUCUGUUGCAUAUUUUACAAGAAGAUAAAAAAAACCUUCCUUUCUUUUGUCUUUUAUCUUUUAUCUACAUUUCUUCUUCUAUUCACUGCCUUUUCUCCUUCGAUUAUUACUCAUUUUUUUCUUUCUCUUCUUUUAGUUUUACUGGUUUUUCCUUUCCUUCUUUUUCCUUUUCCUUCUUUUUCCUUUUCCUUCUUUUUUUCCUUUUUUUUCUUUUCCUUCUUAUUCCUUUCCUCCUUUUUUCCUUUCCUUCUUUUUUCUUUUCCUUCUUUUUCCUUUUCCUUCUUUUUUUCCUUUCUUUUUUCUUUUCCUUCUUUUCCCUUUCUUUCAUUUUUCCUUUCCUACUUUUUUCCUUUCCUUCUUUUUCCUUUUCCUUCUUUUUUUCCUUUCUUUUUUCUUUUCCUUCUUUUCCCUUUCUUUCAUUUUUCCUUUCCUUCUUUUUCCUUUUCCUUCUUUUUCCUUUUCCUUCUUUUUUCCUUUCUUUUUUCUUUUCCUUCUUUUCCCUUUCUUUCAUUUUUCCUUUCCUUCUUUUUUCUUUUCCUUCUUUUUCCUUUUCCUUCUUUUUUCCUUUCUUUUUUCUUUUCCUUCUUUUCCCUUUCUUUCAUUUUUCCUUUCCUUCUUUUUUCUUUUCCUUCUUUUUCCUUUUCCUUCUUUUUCCUUUUCCUUCUUUUUUCCUUUCUUUUUUCUUUUCCUUCUUUUCCCUUUCUUUCAUUUUUCCUUUCCUACUUUUUUCCUUUCCUACUUUUUCCUUUUUACUUUCCUUGUUUUUUCUUUUCUUUUUUCUUCUUUUCCCCUUUUUGUUUCUUUAAUUUUGUUUUUCUUUCUCUUCUCUUUGUUUUCUUUAUAUUCUUUAUCAAUGUUUUUUUCUGUCGCUUUUAUCUUCUUUUUACUUUUAUGUGUUUUCCCUUUUUAUUUCCUUUUUACUUUUGUUUUUUCAUUAUUUUCCUUGAAUUUUCUCAUAUUUCUUCUAUUUUUUUUCCUCCUUUCUUUCUAUCUGAGUGGCAUUUUAUUUUAUUUAAUAAAAGUCAACGUGAACCUAGUGAAGAACUUGCUCACUAUACGUAUCUUAUCGGUGACAAACUUGUUAACCAUCACUCUGUAUCCAUUAUUUUAUUUUCACCAUUAUUUAUUUCUUCUCUCUCUCUCUCUCUCUCUCUCUCUCUCUCUCUCUCUCUCUCUCUUAUAAAAACCACCAUCUUUUCUUUCCUUUUUUUUUCUUUCUUUCUUUCUUCAGACGACACCAUUUUACCCAUCUUCAACUCUCUAUUUUUCUCUCUUAUUUCUCCUUCCUCAAUCUAUCUCACCUUCUCUCUCUCUCUCUUACUUAGUGCUUGUUUCUCUUUCACUAUCUCGCAUCUACUGUUUCACUUUCUGUCUAUUCCCAUAAUUUUCUGUUCUCUAUCUUGCUCGCUGUACUUGUCUAAUUCUCUCUCUCGUUCUAUCGCUUUUUGUUCUCUCUCCCUCUCUCCCUUUUUGUUUUUAUAA